AUGUCUCAACCUGACUCUGACCUCGUCGCAGCCUUCCUCUCCUUUCUGCGCGCCAAUCUGGCCCUUGACCCUAUCACCAUCUCACACACAAAUACUCCAGUUCUGCAGCCCGCGGCGAAUUAUUCGCCUCCGCCGUCCCCUUCCUCCCAGGCUUCUGAUCCACCCCUGACGCCUCUCGACGACAUCCCAGACCUUUCUCUUGAGAUCCUCUCACACCCAGCAGACAAGGCUCAAGCACUGAAACUCGUCUCCGAAUCGAUCGUCGAGCAGCGCCAGAAGACUGCCCUGUCUCUCAUCCUCCAUCCCCUGAGUAUCGCUGCUGUCGUCGCAGCCGUCGCCGUUGUUCAUCAUCAAACCCGAAGUGUCUAUCAAAACGUCGGCCUCACCCACUCCAUUGCAAUCAUCACGAUCUUUCUUCUCACGUGUCUCGCCGUCAUCCACUACCUUACCCUCCCUUACGCAAGUCUUGCUUCUUCCAUCUCGCCAUCCUACCUGCACCCCACAGCUCCCUCGCCCCUCCGCGCUGGCACUACAACGGCAGCCAGUGCAUGUGACGAGGACUUUCUCCUCGCCGCGCGCUCCGGUUCCACCAUAAUUGCCGCUGUUGUACUACGUCUUGAACCGAAACAAUCCCUCGCUCUCUCUGCUGGCGGAUUUUCCGUCACCGGACCCCCUUCUGGCGGCAAGAAGCGCAGCAAGGGAAGCAGUGGCAACGCCGGACCGCUGCGUGGUGGCAAAGGUGUCAUUCGCGCGUGGACAACGGGUCGAAAAUGGCGCGGCUGUGGUGUCGGUGCUGAUUUGCUGCACGAGGCAGUUCGUGUGACACGGGAACGUUGCGGGCGCGACGCUGAGGUUGGCUUUGCGCUGGAGCAUGUGCACAGCAAGAUGGUCCUCCCCGAGCUGUUCAAUGUGGCAGCCCGGAAGCAGGAACGGCGAGCUGCAAUGGCACUGGAGAGGGUUAUUGGGGAUUGGGAGGCAGCCAGGCGACGAAAGUGA